UCUCCUCCUGUUAAUUAUUAUACGAUUCGUUAUGUAUAUUUAUAUGCAAUUUAUGUUGUAGCUCAAGUAACGAAACCGAGAAACGGACCUAACAGCGGAUUGCACCUCACUGCGCGAGAGACGAUAUUGCCAAGCUGAAUAGGUAUUUUAUCACGCAAGUGGUGGCGGACUAGGAGCCUUACGAAGCGCACUUCAAAACAUCGCAAAUCGAGCUACGCAACGACAGCCCAACACAGCCGAAUCCUCUGACGGAGUUGACGAUUGCGACUAUUGAGUGCGCGGAAAACACCCCGCUACUUAACCAACAAUGGCGUCCGUGCAAAGCAACUGCGCAAGUUUGGGGAGCAGCCCGCCACCGUGUCUGGGAUACAAGGCGGUCGUCGCGCUGCACCGGCAGCUCAGCCAGUCUUCUAGCGACCUCCGGUUCAACAUUGUCGUACAAACGUAUGCCGACACAGACACGCUUGCCCUCUACUUCACGGAGGCCAUGCCAGGUGUGAUCGCCAACACAGACCACCUCGCCCCCAGCGUCGUCGCAGACUAUGAUGCGGGCGGCAAACUGGUUUCGCUGGACGUUUGUUCGGCUCCACGCAGUACCCCGUGUCACUUUUACGACACUGCUGAAGUAGUUGAUGGCAAGCCGCCGCUCGCCGUCAACUGGCAUUACAACGCUAAGAGCAACCAGCUGGUCGUGCUGCUUAGCGUGUGGGACUCAGUGGAAGGCAUUGUAAGCAGCAGCGUGAAAACGGAUGAUCCGAACAUCAGCCUGGGUAUGGAUGCAGCCGGGAAGAUAUGUGCCGUCUUCGUUUCAAACCCCGCUUGCAACACCUUCACUGCUGAUGCCUAAUGCUCGAGUUCCCCCACAAUUGUACCUGCUCGUGUCGAUGCGGCCGGUGUAGCCGAUUUGGUGCUGCUGGGGAUGUGAACUGCAGCGGGUUCUGUGAAUGCCGGAGCGGGAGCGGGAGUAGUUGUAUGGAGAGCGCUAACAGUAAGGCACAGGCUUCCUUCAGGUGUGUGGCAGUACGGAAGGGUACGGAAGGGCGUUCCUUUGAAGACGCCAGGAGAAGAGGUAGUAGUAGUUACACCCCGUGUAAUGCAUGUUGGACUCUUGGGUAUUUGGAUUGUGUAGAAUUGAUACGGUUCGUUGCUUGGUACUGUUUGAAUGCUUGGGAUUCGCCGUUUGAUGGUGUUAGUAGCGGGUCAUGGCAUGGUGGUAUAAUGCAAUGAUGCUCUCACUGCAUGUACUGUACAGAAUCGUACAGUAAUGUCGUACUUUUCUUGAACCGUUUUUAUGGAAGGUCAAGACACGGCCGUGGGACAGUACCUUCCGUACCGUGUCGGACAAGCAGUGGGCUCGCUUUCUACUAGUUACUGUUCUACUGUUCUACUAUACAAACUAAAAGCUGGGUACUGUGAAAGUAAGUAUUGCCUGAGUCUGCGGUAUCUGAUAGUCAGGCCUCCUGUCAAUGGUAGAGGAUGGAGGAUGAAAUGACGUUGGCCGGUGCGGGCUGCAGCACCUGCUACACCUUGUGCUGCUGCUGCUGCUGCUAAACCUGAUAAGUUGCGCAUGCUUCCUGGUUGUCCCCUGCAGCAGCCCCGGUAGCUCUAGCCGAGGGUGAAGCAUGCGGGUUAUAGGGCAGUGAGCUGAAACAUGAUAAAGAUGGGCGUUUGUAAGAAUCGGAACUGCUUACUAGCCGCGCUGUUAAUGUUGUUGCAGGGCGACGUCUGGGAAUUGCGGCAAGACUACUAUCCGUUGCCGUUUAGCUCUGCGUCUGUCACUUCUUCACUCCCUUCUUUCACUCCUUGUCCUCUUCUUCCCACCGCGGUGACCUUUCUGGCAGGUCUUUGGUGUCCUUGGCGCGUUUAGGCCCCUUACCUGGUCCGUGUCGUCCACAUACAUGGCUCUCACCGCGUCCUUUUUUUCCAUGUGACAUUACGUGUGUGAUUAUAUGUAUGUGGGGAUGGCAGCAACGGUAGGCGACCGCCCCAUUAAAAGAGGCACGCGGGGUGCACGCGUGGGCCUUAUGCACCCCGGGGUCAAAGCCCCGUGCGUCGUGUGUGUUCUGGCAACUCUGGCAACAACUUUGUUCCCCGCCGCAAAUUGUAAUACGAAUACCGUACA